GCCCUGCGGCCGCCCCGCCCCACGAUGCGCUAGGCUGCGGGCCUCGGCCGCCCGCGGCAGCAUGGCCCGGCCCGUGCAGCUGGCGCCAGGCUCGCUAGCGCUGGUGCUAUGCAGGCUGGAGGCGCAGGAGGCGGCGGGGGGCGCGGAGGAGCCGGGUGGGCGAGCGGUGUUCCGCGCCUUCCGCCGCGCCAACGCGCGCUGCUUCUGGAACUCGCGGCUGGCGCGCGCCGCCUCGCGGCUGGCCUUCCAGGGCUGGCUGCGGCGCGGGGUGCUGCUGGUGCACGCGCCCCCCGCGAGCCUGCAGGUGCUGCGCGACGCCUGGUGCCGCCGGGCGCUGCGCCCGCCCCGCGGCUUCCGCAUCAGGGCGGUGGGUGAUGUCUUUCCAGUGCAAAUGAAUCCAAUAGCUCAAUCUCAGUUUGUACCUUUGGCUGAAGUUCUUUGCUGUGCUAUAUCUGAUAUGAAUGCCGCUCAGACUGUAGUAACACAGGAAUCGCUGUUGGAGCAUUUGAUGAAACAUUACCCAGGCAUUGCAGUUCCAUCUCAAGAUAUUCUCUAUACCACUCUGGGAAUUCUGAUUAAAGAAAGGAAGAUUUAUCACACUGGAGAAGGAUACUUCAUAGUUACUCCUCAUACUUACUUCAUCACUAAUAUAAACCCCCAAGAAAAUAAGAGAGUCCUGUCAGAUGAAAGUCACCCAAUGCCAACUUGCGUUACAUAUCUGGUGAGCACGGAGAGCUGUGCAGAGGUAGCCAAAGAAAAUGCUGCUCCCAUUUCCCAUUGUCAGUCUUGCCGGUGUUUCCCUGAUGUGUGCACUCAAGAUGGACAGGAACCACCGGCUGCUGCAGAAGUGACCAGAAAAGGCCAGAAAGGUCCUGGGGAAUCCAAAUCUUUGGUACAGAAUCGAGCAGUUUUAGUGUCUGAGGAGAAUCACGUCUGUGAGAGCAACAAACCUUUACCAUCCACAAAAGAGAGAGAAAAAGGCAAGAAGUUUGGCUUUAGCCUCUUCUGGCGCAGUAUAUCCAGAAGGGAGAAGUCCAGAACACAGCACAGCAAUUUCUCUGCCCAGUUCCCACCGGAAGAAUGGCCCGUCCGAGAUGAAGACAACUUGGACAAUAUCCCUCGAGACAUCGAACAUGAGAUAAUCAAACGAAUUAAUCCUGUUCUGACUGUUGACAACUUAAUCAAACAUACCAUCCUUAUGCAAAAAUAUGAAGAAAAGAAAAAAUAUAAUAGCCAGGGCACUUCCACUGAUAUGCUGACAGUCAAGCACAAGUAUCCUUCAAGAGAGGGAGUUAAGAAAAGGCAGGGCCGGUCUGCAAAGUCUCAAAGGCGAGGCCAUUCUCAUAGGGAUAGACACAAAGCCAGGAGUCAGGGAAGUGAGCCUCAGCCAGGAAGCAUUAGACUGGACAAACGCCCCAAGCUUCCUGCUACAGAGUCCACCCCCAGAAUUAAGAGGCUAAACGAAGCAGUAGUUCAGAAACCACUUGGUGAGAAUACGUCAGUGCUAGGUUCCCAUUUGAUUUACAAAAAGCGAAUCAGUAAUCCUUUCCAGGGUUUGUCUCACCGAGGGAGCCCAAUUACCAAAGGGCACACCAUCCAGAAGACCGGUGAUCUGAAACCCAGUCAGACUGGACUGAAUGGAGAGUCUUCCCAAAGGUCAGGGUCUUUGGAUUCCUCAAGAAUCUUUGAAAGUGAAGCCAAACAGCUGUAUGCUGAACAAUGUAAUGAUAAACUGAAGGCGGAGUCCAUUUAUAUGCAUAAUUCCACUGUCAAAUCUACUGGUGAUGACUUUAGGGAUCACCUCUUAAAUUACUCUCAAUGUAGUGUUUUGCAAAGUGCUGGUAAAUGCUGUUCCUUUAGAGAAAGCAUGUUGAGAUAUGAUGUGUAUGGUGGAGAAAAUGAGGUAAACUCUGAAGUCUUGAAAAAAAAUUAUUCUCACUUUAACACAUUAGAGGAGAUAAAAGAAACACAACAUGUCCUGCCAUCACGAGGUUCCUCCUCUUUAGACCAAGCAUCCUCUGCUUGUAGAUUAAUUGAUAAAACAAUGCACCAGUUCCAAAAUCUUGGUCUUUUGGAUUAUCCAGUUGGUGCGAACCGUUUGAGACAACCUGAGAGACAAGACACAGACUCAGAAGAAACACUAAUGAGAAAGGCAUUUGUCCAGGAAGGAGAGACUGUAAGUCUAGAAAAUGAAGGGCCCUGUGAUGAUGACCAGGCCUUGUAUCAGAAUGAAGUGGAAGAUGAUGAUGGUGCCUGCAGUUCAUUAUAUCUAGAUGAGAAUGACUUUUCUGAAAAUGAUGACUUAUGUCAAAUGCUGCCUGGCUACAUUCAGUAUUCCUUUACAGGCGGAAGGAAGUGGAAUCAUUUAGGAAAACAAAAGGUGACUGAAAGAUCUCUGACUGAGUACAACAGCAAAAUACAUAGGUUUGAGCCUCAGGUGCUUAAAGGAAAUGAAUGUUACAAACCUACGGGAUUGCUCCCUAACUCAGGUGAAAGCCAAAAACCUAGUCUCUCUGCUGAAAGCUGUGGCCUCAAUUCAGGGACCCGGUCCAGUUUUAACUAUGAAGAGGAACCUAGUGUUGCUAAAUGUGGACAGGCCUUAGCAUCUGUUGAUGGAAGUAUCUUUGAUUACUAUAGCACAAGGAACGCCAGUUCUGAAGCUGAAACUCUACACGACUCUGUUGGUGGCACAGGAAAGAAAUCAGCUAGUUGGAGUCAGAAUGCUCAGAAUCAGGAAAUGAGAAAAGAGUUCACACAGAAGUUAGACCUUUUCAACACUUCACCUAUGCCAGUGUUGGCUCAGGAUAUCCAACAAAAACAUAGUCACUUGGAAGGAACAGAAAAUCAUAGCAUGGCAGGAGAUAGUGGAAUAGAUUCUCCACGGACACAGAGUCUGGCAUCUAAUAAUUCAGUCAUUUUGGAUGAACUAAAAAGAAGACAGAAUUUUCUGCAGAACUUUGAAGGCACAAAGAGCAGUCAAACACUCACAUCCAAUCCCUUACUACAGCUAACUCCAGUCAUAAAUGUUUAAUUCUUAUUGUCCUUCUAGAAACUUUUUCUUUGUAAAAAUGUACAGCAUUAAUUAGAAUGUUUUAAUCAACUGAGUAUACAAGAAUUCUCUAAAGCCAAGCAUAUAUGCUAUUAAUCUCAUUACAUAUUUUGUUCUAGUUACUGGCUUUUUUCUUUUUUUGAGAUUUUGAAGCUUUUUUUUUUUUUUAGCUUAUUUUACUAUGAAUUUAUUGGGAAUAUGUAGAUUGUUUGCAAUUAAAAAGAACAUGGAAUCCUU